GGAGAUAAAUCCAUGGAGAUGUGUUAUUACAAAGAAUGGAAAGGGAAUGAGGAAGAGAUUGUGUAGGUUUUCGUUUCACAUUAUGUAAAAAGACAAAAAGAAAAAAAUAAUAUAUAUGUAUAUAUAAAUAAAUAAAUAAAAUAAAUAAAUAAGAUAUGACGGUGGAAUAAAUAAUAAGAUGUGAUGAAAUUGCUGUAAGGACAGCAGAAACAGCAGGACAGCAGGACAGCUCUGUGAUAAAAAAAGAAAAAGGCUAUCGGGCACGACCAGUCCACGACACUAGGAAGAAUCAUUUCUACGUUUACAUCGACACAGUCCACGGCACUAAGUGCUGAACCAUUCUCUGCACUGCAACAGCAUCCACAACAAACUAACCAGAACUACUACUACUACAACAGUAAUGUUAAUAGCAACAAUUACAACACCAGCAGUAACAACAGCCAUUAAUAAUAAUAAUAAUAAUAAUAAUAAUAAUAAUGAUAAUAAUAAUAAUAAAUUCUUUAUUAUUAUCACCGCGGGCCGGUCGUACACAUAACGAAGUAUAUAUAUAAUAAAUAAUACAGUGUUUGCGAAAGGGGUGGAGGUAGAAAAACAGAAAUUUAUCCCCCCCAAAAAAAAAAAUCGAAUAAAAAAGAGAGAGAAAGCGUUAAGACGUUAUACAACAUGUAUGUGUUUGUAUUAAAUAUUUAAUAUGUAUAAAUAGAUGAUUAUCUAAAAAUCAGAUUAACCGUUCCAUACGAAUAAUAGGAAUUUCAAAAAAUUAUAUCGAACUGAAAGUACACAUGACGGCUUUACAAAAAAUCUGCUUAUACUAAAACAGGUACACACAUUUUCACACUCAUGCAAACAUGCAAACACAUGCGUAUACACACACGCGUGCACAUAUAAUGAUAUAGGCAAAAAUGCACACUUCUCUCCACAAACACAAAUGCAUUAGGUUUCCGCCCUUCAGCAUUAUUAUAUAUCCACAUGGGAAAUAUGUAUGGACUGGCAUAGACGCCUUGUGCAUUACUGACCAGUUGAGUGCCCGUACUGAUUGUCUCUUGAGUAGCUGGAUUUGAAUUCUCAACUACUGGAGAUCAGCAUAUCUUCAUUCUGCAUAAAAGGAAACAAAAAAAGGGAACUUUAUAACCUUAAUGCAUCUGUCAGAGCGCCGACAUGAGAUGUAUCUCCAUUUUCAUGAACAACACUUACAAAUGUAUGUCUAACAUUAUACUUAAGAAAAAAGAAUCAUUUAAUCGCCAUCGCCAGAACACCAGCACAAGCAAGGAAAAUAAUCCCAGCAAUGUUUUGAUGGACGUUAAUAGUAGAAGAGGAGUAGCAAUAAGGAUAACAUUACUCUAUAAUUAAUGUAUUAGAGAAUCAAGCCAGAGUUAGAUACGACGGCAAAGACAAUAACAAGAGUGAUUCGGUAAAACAACACAAAAUAUAUACAGGAAAAGAUACAGAAAACAAUAGUAUCACAAUGAUAAUAGUAAACGGUAAAUGAUAAAAAACAACCCAAUUUAACUCAUUAACUCUAUGAAGAAUAUUUAGGACACCAGCUUAUUGUUUCCAAGUCGGCUAUUUGAGAAGCAACACAAACACACACACACGCACACACAUACAUAGAUACUCAUACACACACAUGCGCGCGCAUAGAUACACACACACAUAUACAAACACGCGCAUGCACAUUCGCAUCACACUACCAUACUCAUACAUACUCUCAUACGCGCAUACACAAACACAUGCGCACACAGACAUAGAUACACACACACACACACACAUAUAUAUAUAUAUAAACAUACAUUUAUGCAUACACACACUGACGCAAAUACAUAGACACAUACACACAGACACACGCAUCAACAAACACCUCAGCAAGAACAAUAACAGUAAGAUCUUCGACAUUAAGAAAUGUGAAGUCGAAAGCAGAAAUAUAUGACAUUUAGUAUCCCACGGUGUCUAUUGCAACAACGCUGAAUUGAAUUUGCUUGCAGCUAUCGAUGAUAUUACUGACUGUAUAGCUCUCAUCAUUCUCUAUGACAGUAACAACAACGAGAACCUCAUCAACAACAAUAACAACAAUAGCAGCAACAGUAAUAUGAACAAGAACUACUAAUGAUCAAUUCCCACAACAUGAUAAAUAAAAGGAAGAUUUAAACAAUACACGUAAUGUGAACAAAAAAGUAACAUUUUUGCCUUUAAGUUGUACAAAGUUAUAAUUUUUUGUUACUUCUGAUCGUCUAAGAACGUAGAGUUGGUGUAACUCGCCAUUCGCCAUAAUUAAGUAGUAUCAGUGUCCAGUAAUUACUACAUCAAUCAAUCAGUCAGUCAAUCAGUCAAUCAAUCAACCAGUUUAAAGAACAGACGAAUAUGUCCUUUCAUUCUCCUCUCAGUGUAGGUAACUCCUCUGCUCUUUUAUCUACCCCCACUUCACAAGCUUGUUCUACAACCACAUCAGAAUAUGCCUCUACGUUAACAUCCGACAUCGAUUCUCUCAGUGCCGCUGCAGCAACUGCUGCCACUACCACAGCAGCAGCGGCUGCUGCAGCUGCUAUUGCAGCAGCAUCGUCUUACGAAAAUAUGUUCAGUUCGAUAUUUCUUACUAGUACCACAGCAGGGCCCGUGGCGAAUUCGAACCGGUCAUUAAAGUUGGAUGACGCAGCAGUUUUAAACAGUGACACUAAAUCUUCUCAGAAUUCUAUUUGCCACGGACAAAAUGUUUAUAAGAGAGUUCCUGACACAAUGCCGUUUGGGAUAUUUGGUAAUGCAACUUCUGAUUUGAAAACGCCUAUGGAUAUAAAUGCUGGUAUAUCGCAUUCGACUUGGCUCCAAUUACACAAGUCCUCUCAAAAUUGGUACAGUACGGCAGAGGUUAUUGCAACUUCCGGAGGAAAUAGGUUCUGUGUAACACCAAAUAAUUAUGGCAACCAUUUGCCCUGUCAUCAACAAACAAGAAAUUACCAAAAUUUAGAUUCGCUGGUCAAUACAUUUCCAGACAUUUAUUUUUCAUCAAGUCACCAAAUAGGUCAUCAGCUUUUCUCAGGAUUUUGUAGUUCAACAGCCAUGAUGCAUAUGUCCAAUCAGUUUUCAUAUCCCGUCUCACUUAGUUCCUACUUAAACGGAAAACACAACCCAGAAGGUACAUACACGCAUUCGCAUCGUCGACAGUUAGCUCGCCGAUCUAUUUGCGAAUGUCCUAAUUGCCAAGAAUUUAGCAAACAUGGAAUAUCAACAGAACAUUUGAAAAAACCAUUAAUUCACAACUGUCAUGUACCAGGAUGUGGUAAAGUUUACAGCAAAUCUUCACACUUGAAAGCUCAUCUUCGUUGGCAUACAGGUGAGCGUCCGUUCGUUUGUAACUGGCUCUUUUGUGGGAAGAGAUUCUCGAGAUCUGAUGAGCUUCAGCGCCAUUUCCGUACUCAUACUGGCGAAAAGAGAUUUACAUGUCCUAUGUGCAAUAGGCGAUUUACACGGAGCGAUCAUCUCAGUAAACACAUAAAGAUCCACAGUUCUAGAACAUGUAUCGGUGACCAACAAGGCAACAUAAGUGGUGGAGACUCCGGUAGUGAAUCAGACGGAGGAAUGCAACCAACACAAAUCGUUACAAACUACCCGCAAGCCACAGUAAUGAGCAAGAAUUAAAUAAUCUCGAAAUAAAAUUUCGAUCACGUCUAAUCAAGCAUGAACUUUAAAAGCAUGUAAAUCAAAGACACUGAUACAUAUUUAAUACUACUGGAUACUGAAAUUUUAAUUUUAAAUACUUUAAAGUAUUUCGUAGAUAUGAAUAAUAUUUUCUGUAAUGUGAAUGUGAAGUUCACUGUU